AUGACAGGCUCACAAGAACACGACAACCUCGAGCGAAUCGUGCAAGAGAUUGUCGAGCUUAGUAAGAAGAUUCCAAACUCGGUCGCAGAAGCAACAAAGGAUGACAGGAUCUACGAUGUCAUGACCAACAUCGACGGCGAGUCUGCAUGGGCAACCUUCAAUCGAAGGUUCGAUAUCCUCUUCGGUGAAGACUGCCGCGACGAGAAUGGCCGGCUCCACCAUGUGCGACGAGGGAGACAUGGGAUGAACAAGGUUACAAGCUACCUCACCCGGAUCAUAGUCAACGAGAACUCGUUGAAGGGGUUCUAUGCCCCAGCAGCUGUCAAACUCAACAGGCUCAAGGCUGAGCUUGAGAUUCUCUGCUCGAAUUCUGACGGAGGCACAGUGGAAGCAGGACUCGGAGCAGUGGAGACGACGCAGUCCCCGAGCGCCAGCAAUUCGGUAGGCUCGCGCGCCAAGAAAGCAACGGCUGGCGCAGCUGGACAUGCGCAACCGGCAUCCUCGACCGCCGCAAAGCCGAAGAAAAAGACUGCCACGACGACAGGCAGUGCACAGCUGCUUUCGAAAGGUAUGAAAAAGAAGAAACUCGAGUUUACAUGUCACUCACCGUAG